UCUUCGGUUGCAAUGACUCGGUCUGGACUGUCAUUGGAAGAAUUAAGAAUUGUGGAAGGGCAGGGUCAGAAUUCGGAGGUCAUCACUCCUCCAGAAGAGAUCAACAGAAUAAGUGACAUAGACCUGAAAUCUUCCACUUUGCUGGAUGGAAAGAUGACUAUGGAAGGAUUCACUGAGGAAAUUGGUGAUCAUUUGAAACUGGGUAGCGUGUUUACCUUCCGUGUGACAGUGCUACAAGCCAGCGGCAUCCUUCCUGAAUAUGCAGAUAUUUUCUGCCAGUUCAACUUUUUACAUCGACAUGAUGAAGCUUUCUCGACUGAACCCCUCAAAAACAAUGGUCGGGGGACUCCCCUUGGGUUUUACCAUGUUCAAAAUAUUGCUGUGGAAGUGACAGAGUCGUUUGUGGAGUACAUCAAAACGAAGCCUAUUGUGUUUGAAGUUUUUGGGCAUUAUCAGCAGCAUCCUCUCCACCUGCAAGGACAGGAUCUCAACAG